UACUGAGCUGUUAACUUUUGCAAAUAAUAUUUCAAGGCUUCUCGCUAAUUUAAAAAUUAUGGCCCAUUUUUGUGUUAAAAUUUGUCAAGGUCACGCACAAGAUGAGUAAUGUAAAUAUGACGUCACGUUCAUUCCAAAAUGGCUGAAUCUUAGUAUUCAAGAGUGGAGGAUGGCAUUUUUUAUACUUUUUUAAUAAGAAUUUGAAUUGCAUUAUUAGCGAAAAAAGAAAAUAGAAAUAUAUAACAGUGAAAUGCAAUAGAUACAAAACCAAGAAGAAAGCAUAUUAAGUGAAUAUAGAACAAUGCCUGUCCUCAGCCCCCAUCGUAGUUCAUCAUCUGGCUUGAGCGGAUCAUACAGAUCCACAUUUAGUUCAUCAGCAUUAGAAAGACCAUUCUAUGGAUCAUCAUCAUAUACUCCAAGAUUCACUAGUUAUAGUGAAAGAUACACUACAAGAACUUAUACAGAUUCAGAUGGCCGCAGAAUAUAUUCAAGAUCUGGUUCUAUAAAUGAAGACGGGGUUACAACAAGAUUCAGAGAAGAAUCCCGAGAACCGAGCAUUAAGCGCGACUCGAUUUCCAGGGAUUCCGGAAUAAGUUCUAUAAGAGAAAACUCCAUUUCUGAUUAUUCUCGAAGGGAUAGUUCGUUGACAAGAGGUGAUAGGUUAUCAACGGCCAACGUCAUUGAUUCCGUUGCGGAAUUGAGAAACAAAUAUUCACCAGCCAAUUACGUGCCUGCUUGCAUGAGAAAGAAUGAAAAUAUCGCCAGAUCUAAGUCUAAUAAUGAUAUUGGUUUACCUCCACUAGAAUUGAAGGCGUCAAAGAAAAAGGUAAACGACCGAUUGGAAGGUAUUUAUACUAACAGUGUGGCAUACUCUAACAAUACUAAUACAGACAAUUUGACUGAUGAAGAUGAUAACGGCAACCGCGCUUCAGUAGCCGAUUUGUGUAAAAAGUUUGACGAUAAACUCUCCAGAACAGUGAAAAAUGGAACUAACCUCGCCAAUAAGACACCAGAGGUUAAAUCCAAAAUAUCUGAAUUGACCAAUGGGGUGAAACCAUUAAGCACCAAAGCAAAAUCAAUCAGUGUAAAAAAAUCUAGUAACAAUGUUUCGAUGACCAAAAAAAAUGACAUUUCCUCCAAUAACAAGUGUCAAAAUAACCCCGAUGUUUUGCAGUCAAAUUCAAAAUUGGAAGUAAAUGAAGAAGCUGAACUAAAAAAUGGGUCAGAAGUCGAUAGGAACGGAGUAACUGAAGAAACAAGAAGCGGCCAUUCCCUCUCUAAAAAUAAUUCGAGAGUUAAUAACUUUUCUUCGUACAUUUCAAUUUCGACUAAAGAUUUUCAGAGAGGCGAUGAUACUCAACAAGAACAAAAAGACAUUUCUAAAAAUGAUAUGGAUAACAAGGAAUAUAUUAGCAAAGUGAUCCAAACCAACGAUCUAUCGACAUCUCCCAAACUUACCAAAACUGCAAUAUCUCCAUCCAAUUCAAUAGCAAAUAAUAGUAUCAACUCAAAUUCCUUAUCCCUUCGAUCAAGUGAGAGAGACAGUAAUAGAAUCCGAGAUUAUUCGGAUGAUGAUAGUAGUGGCGAAAGAGCUCUUAACAAUUACUCCACGAUCAGGUCCUUUGAGGGUGUUCCCCAAAAAUCUUUGGGUCUCAAUGGCCUUAAAAAUAUUGGUAACACAUGUUUCAUGAAUAGUGUUAUCCAAUGCCUAUCCAACACUAGGUGGCUGUUAGAAUAUUUAAAGAAAGAUGCAUAUAUAAGAGAUAUUAACACAAGCAUAUCCAGUAUGAAAGGAGCCCUAAUUAAAGCAUUUGCUGAAGUUAUUAAAGAGCUUUGGUCUGAAGACGGUUCCGACAGAGUGGUUAAUACUGCAUCAUUGAAAAGUCAGAUUCAGCGAUUCGCUCCAAGAUUCAUGGGAUACGCUCAACAAGAUGCACAAGAAUUCCUUCGUUACCUAUUAGAAGGACUUCAUGAAGACGUCAACAGGGUGCAAGAAAAACCAAAACCCAUAUUAACAGAAAUUGAUGAAAAACUUAGUGACAGUGAGAAAGCGCAAGAAUCUUGGUUAAGAUAUCUACGAAUGGACAACUCCAAAAUUGUGGAUAACUUCGUCGGUCAAUUAAAAUCAACACUCAAGUGUACACAUUGCGGCCACUGUUCAGUUACCUUCGAUCCCUUUUGGGAUUUGUCCCUUCCUAUACCUCAAAGAACAGGUCAAUUACGUCUUUCACAAUGUUUGGAUUCAUUUACAAGAGAAGAAACACUCGACGGUGAUGAAAAACCGACAUGUUCGAAAUGUAAAGAGCGAAGACGAUGCACUAAAUCAUUCUCCAUUCAUAAAUUUCCGAAAAUCUUGGUUAUUCACUUGAAGCGUUUUUCACCAACUGAAAGAUUUAGGGGAAAACUUAAUGUUACCGUAGAUUUUCCAAUAGAAGGGCUUGAUAUGAGCCAUUAUGCUGCCGAUAAUGUGGCGCCCUGUAGAUACAACCUCUACGCUAUAUCAAAUCACAGCGGAACCACUUAUAGUGGUCACUAUACGGCAUAUUGUCGACAUCCCUACACGGGACAGUGGCACGAAUAUAACGAUUCAAGGGUGUCAUCGAUAUCGUCGAAAUCCUUAGUCAGUGGGGAAGCGUAUGUUCUCUUCUACGAACAAGAGGGCACGAAGUCCCACCUUUAAGUCAAUAACUUUUUUUAGUUUUUAAAUUGAAUAUUUUCAUUUUGAACCAAUGCUUUAUUUGGUUUUUUUGCAAAAUUUAUUUAUAUACACAUGAAUAGAUUUAUUUAUAUUUAUCUCCUGUAAAUUUAUGUAUUUAAUUUUGUUUUAUAUAAAUCUAAUAUCUUGUCCACAAAUGGUGAUUUAUCUGAGACUCUUUACAAGUCUCUACACAAAGCCCAAUAUGUACCUCGACAUUAACGCUAAUCAUAAAACAAAGAAUUUGAUGGUAAAACGUUCUCUAAUUUUUCUAAAUAUCUUCAUUCGUUGUGAUGUCAAAAGAUUCCAUUUCCAACACACCCUAUUUCAUUCCUACAAUUUCUGUUUUUAUGCUUAUCGAAUAUUUGAUUACCAAACUAAUAAAAAAUUUUUAUACAAUGAUUUGCAUGUACAAUGACAUAGGCAGUUUUAUUUAUUACAAUAUAAUAUUGAAUCCAAUCUCCACCACUUCUUAAACUUUGUCUUUUUAUUUAAAUGGGGAAUGCAUAAUUCAACAUAUUCACGAUGUUUUUGAUGUGUGAAUAUAAAAUUAUUAACGUUAAUUCGAGAUAUGGAGCUCUUAUUUAAUUAUUUGCAGGCUGAUUCAGUUGAUUUUUCAUCACUAGCAAAUUUCAUUGACAAAUGUUUACAGUUGUAGCGGAAAUAUACAACUGUGGAAACAACGAAUUGUCCUGCAAAUAAGAUGUCUUUUGUUUGUAAUAUUUAUUUAUAUAUUGUUGAUAGUGUGGGGUUAUGAGCGGAAAAAAGAAGUUUACUUAUAAUUUUUUUUUGUAUCUAGUCUGUUUUCAAUGAACAAGUUCACCAAUGUAAGUCAAAAUGGUUCGCAACAAAUGAUCUUAUUAAAAUGGUAAAGAAUAGAAUGGUUUUUGAAAAUUUGAUGAGGUGUAUAUAAUAAAUAACUUUGGAUGAAGCUAAAGUACUUCAACAUUAAAAACGUAAAGACCAUAAAAGGGUUAUAUGAUACACGCCAAUGUAAUUUUCUCACACACCUUGAGCAUUUUAUACUUUUUCAUUUUAUUAUUUUUCUUAAUAUUUUAUCUUUUUGUUUCCAUGUUUUAUUAUGGGAAAUAUAUCUGAAGAAAACCUUAAUUUAUUUAUAUUAUCGUUAUAUUAUUUCGAUACACGAAUUGUUUGUCUAUCUGAAAUGACAUGAUUUUUCUCUUUUCUCUACAAUCCUUUCUUAAUGCUUCGUAUUUUCCAAUAUUUUCGUGCUCAUACUGUGUUAUCCUCUCUAACAGCUACUUGUUACAAGGUACUUUAUUUUCAGCACUGCUUUUAUAAAUAACCGCAAUUCUGUGAAUGGGAUGCUCUCUGGCACUGUUAUUAUCGAUAAUUUCUCAUUUUUCUGUUAAGUUCUGUGCAGCAAGGUUAUGGAAUAAGAUGCGAAUAUAUCCCGAAAAAAUCUACCUUUGAUUUUUUUUAUCCUUGGAUUUUCUAUAAUUUUUCUGUUGUCAGUAUAUGUAGAAAAAUGAACUUAUCUUUUUUGUUGGUUUUGAUGAUUAGUUAUUAUUACAAAACAUUUUCGCUUUCUACUGCUUAUUAAAACUUUGAAUAUUCUACAAAAUACAAAAUUUAUUAGCAAUUACUACUUUUAGACAAUAUUUAGAAUUAAAUUAUGUCUAUCCUUUACUUUAUACAUUUUCUCAAAUCAUUGGAAUAAACGUUGGAUAUAGGACCUAGCACAACAAAGUGUCUAGAAUCUAGAAUAUAAUAAAGGCUUAUGUUCAAAUUACAACCAGAUAUAGUAAAAUGUAACAGCCAAAAAUAGUAAAUGAUCACCAAAAUUAAAACCGCAUUUUAAUGUGAAAUUAUAACCAAAGUUUUCACAUCUUACCAUACUAUUAAAGCAAAUGACUCCAAACAAAUAAUUGUCAACCCAAAAAAUAGUUAAUGAAUAAUAAUUAUUAACCACAUUUUAACUUACAAUUACGGCAGUUUAGCAAACCCGCCUUUAAGUAUCAAUUAUAUAUUCAUUAGACCAGUCCUUAACUAUUUAGAAGCAAUUACUAAGAAUAACGCCAGAAAAUGACGCUCACGAAGCAUGCCAUUAUCUUUUAUUGUUUUGUUGAUAACUUCUAGAGCAUUGUUUGUAGCAGGAAUACAUUUUUUGACGUAUGAUUUCAAGAUAAUUGUUUAACUGUAACUUGGUCGGCUGAACUAAUCCAUUAAUUUUACUCAAGUUCUUUAUAAUAAAUUUAGGUUUCAGACGCAGUUCGAAUAGUUUUUCUAUUUCCUUUUACGUUGCCUCAUUUAUUGCUCUAGUUGACUGACAGUCACAAUUUUCAGGAUCGCGACAUGUUUCAAUAUGGAAUAAUAUAUAGUUACAUGAAGCAUCAAAUAAAAGAUAAAUCGCAGCAGAACACUGAAUUUUAGCCCGAAGCUUCACUUUGUUAUAACUAUAGUAACGUUUUACUCUUUCUUCAUUUAUAUAAACUUUUUGUAUUAACCAGAUCUUCUCAUUUUUUAUAAAGUCCUCUGCGAUUUGUAUUGCCUUCGACGUUUUCUCGUAUGCUCCGUGAUUUUAUCACCAUCUUCUGUUGAAGAACUCAAUAGCGGAACACAAGAACUCGGUCCCACUAAUUUCUCAUUCACCAUUACAGAGAGGAUACAAAAUACAACAUCCUCAUCCAAACAAAUGUUUGUACUUGAAUUGGAACUACCUCGCAUGUGCAAUAAGAGCUUCCAAAAAGUGCUCUCAUACCAUCAGACCUCUUACUUGUUUUUUAAUCCCAUUUUUCAGUCAAUUUUGUUGUGUGACGUUUUGACUUGCGUUAUGUACUUUUAGCAAAAUAGGAAGUGUUGUAUGUCAAAUAAAAUCAUAUGUACUUAUUAUUACCAAAUUGUUGAUAUUUUAGAUAAAAGUUAUUUUGACUUUGACAACAAAAUAAUGCUCAUUUUUUUGGUCCAUUUUUCAAAUUUUAAUAAAUGUUUAUUGUUUUUGUCUCCUACCUCCAAAAAAAGUACUAAAGCUUUUCAUAGUAUACUAAGUAGAUAAUUUAUACAAAUUGUUACAAAGAUCUAGACAAAUCAAGCACUCUUAAUGGAAAAUUGAAAAUUUAAAUCAAACAAGAAUAUGUAAUAUAAUUUAUUAAAGCUUUAUAUUAUGAGAAAAAAUAUUCAAAGCACUAACUCAAAAUAAAAGUUGUUUGCAAA